GACAUUUUUAAUGAUCCCAGGCCCUGAGAUCAUGAGUAAACUGGCAGGUGAAUCUGAGAGCAAUUUGCGCAAAGCUUUUGAGGAAGCAGAGAAGAACGCACCAGCCAUCAUCUUUAUUGAUGAACUCGAUGCCAUUGCACCAAAAAGAGAGAAGACUCAUGGUGAAGUGGAAAGGCGCAUUGUGUCUCAGCUGCUCACUCUGAUGGACGGACUGAAGCAAAGGGCUCAUGUCAUCGUCAUGGCAGCCACUAACAGACCCAACAGCAUUGACCCCGCUCUCAGGCGAUUCGGGCGCUUUGACCGAGAGGUGGACAUCGGCAUUCCAGAUGCUACUGGAAGACUUGAGAUACUUCAGAUCCACACCAAGAACAUGAAGCUUGCAGAUGAUGUUGAUCUGGAGCAGGUGGCAAAUGAGACCCAUGGCCAUGUGGGUGCUGAUCUGGCCGCCCUUUGCUCAGAGGCUGCCCUGCAAGCCAUCAGAAAGAAAAUGGACCUCAUCGAUCUGGAGGAUGAGACCAUUGAUGCAGAGGUUAUGAACUCCCUGGCUGUAACAAUGGAUGACUUCAGGUGGGCUCUUAGCCAGAGCAACCCCUCUGCCCUGAGAGAGACCGUUGUGGAGGUGCCCAACAUCACCUGGGAGGAUAUUGGUGGCCUUGAUGAUGUCAAGAGAGAGCUGCAGGAGCUGGUGCAGUACCCAGUGGAACAUCCAGACAAAUUUCUUAAGUUUGGCAUGACCCCAUCCAAGGGUGUGCUGUUCUAUGGACCGCCAGGUUGUGGUAAAACCCUGCUGGCCAAGGCCAUUGCCAAUGAGUGCCAGGCCAACUUCAUCUCAAUCAAGGGCCCAGAACUGCUUACUAUGUGGUUUGGAGAAUCGGAGGCUAAUGUCCGUGAGAUCUUUGACAAGGCUCGUCAAGCUGCUCCUUGUGUGCUCUUCUUUGACGAAUUGGACUCCAUUGCGAAGGCUCGUGGAGGAAACGUUGGCGACGGUGGCGGCGCUGCUGACAGAGUCAUUAACCAGAUUCUCACAGAAAUGGAUGGUAUGUCCAGCAAGAAGAAUGUCUUCAUCAUUGGGGCCACCAACAGACCAGACAUCAUUGACCCUGCCAUCCUCAGGCCUGGCCGACUGGACCAACUUAUCUACAUCCCACUGCCUGAUGAGAAGUCUCGCAUUGCCAUUCUUAAAGCUAACCUCAGGAAGUCUCCAAUCUCAAAGGACGUGGACCUGGACUACUUGGCCAAGAUGACCAAUGGCUUUUCAGGUGCUGACUUGACUGAGAUCUGUCAGAGAGCCUGUAAACUGGCCAUCCGUGAGUCCAUUGAGAAUGAAAUCAGACGGGAACGUGAGAGGCAGACUAACCCUUCUGCAAUGGAGGUGGAGGAGGAUGACCCUGUGCCUGAGAUUAGAAAGGACCAUUUCGAGGAAGCCAUGCGCUUUGCCCGCCGCUCCGUCAGCGAUAACGACAUCCGCAAAUACGAGAUGUUCGCACAGACCCUGCAACAAAGCAGAGGCUUUGGCAGUUUCAGAUUCCCAUCCAGUAACCAAGGAGGAAGUGGACCAAGUCAGGGCUCUUCUGGUGGCGGCGGAGGCGCCAUCUUCAAUGAGGACAACGAUGAUGAUCUUUAUGGAUAAAUGUGACCACGUGGCUGACCCUCACAGGCCACUCUUCAUACAGGCCGCCAUGUACAAAAGACAAAAAAGAAAAAAUUCCACAUUUUUAGAACUGUGCUUUUUGUUUGUUAUUUUCCGCUUCUCUCAUGUCCAUUCCCCUGUUUUUUUUUAUUCGCCUCGUUCUCCUUCUGUCCACCUCCCUCUGUUGAUAGAGAAAAGCAUGUAGCUGCUUGUGUUUUGCUCUGGUUUGUGAAAGGAUGAUUUCUGAGAACUUUGAUCUUAACAUUCUGUGGGUGGGGGUGAAUUUCAGUGAAAACCAUACACGAUAGUGAUUUCAUCAACUUUUCACAAGCUAUAUGAGCAGCUUCAGUGGUGGGGUUUAAUGCUAGACUGUUGGAAGGAUU